CAAAAUGGCUAAUCAGAUGGAUGCCAUGACAAGAGAAAUCGGAUCUCUGAAGAAGAUGCUAUCAAAAGCAUUCAAAGUAACAGAGUCAGUUAUAAUGGAACCAUAUGACUGUUGGCUAAAAAAGUCAUUUUCCUUUGAUGUUUGCAUGCCAGACAACAGCCAAUUGCUAGCAGAUAAAAUAACAUCGCUGCUGAAUAAGCACGGCUUGGAUGCUACAGAUCCCCACAUAAUCCAGGCGUGCUACAGUCAUAAGAAGCACAGGUUUACUCAGUACAGGAGUGACCUGAAGAGAAAGCUAAAUGGAAACCCCAAGGGAGUACAUCCCAUGGCCAUGCCGGUCGGCAGGUUCAGCAACCAUAUCUUUGCAAAGGUGUUGAGAACUCCGUUGGAGACGGAGAAGAGUCAGAGACAGGCUCUCAUGAUUCGCUCAUUUGCCUACAGCGUCAAGCUCUUCCGUCGUGAUGAUGGCCCAGCAGAGCCAGAGGAGAAAGACUUUUGGCGUGGCUAUUCAAAUUACAGGUGCCUAGCUGUGGAUAGCCCCGACAGCUGGGCCAAGCUGUUGGAGAUCGACGACAAGCGGGUGGGGAAAGCCAUUGAUCGUAAUAUGUAAUUAUGGUGGUUAAUUGAACAGAAGGGAUUAAUUGUAAAUAAUUGUAAAGUGGGUGGGGAAAGCCAUUGAUUGUAAUAUGUAAUUAUGGGGGUUAAUUGAAUAGAAGGGAUUAAUUGUAAAUAAUUGUAAAGCGGGUGGGGAAGCCGUUGAUUGUAAUAUGUAAUUAUGGGGGUUAAUUGUAUAGAAGGGAUUAAUUGUAAAUAAUUGUAAAGUAAAAUGAUUGUAAAUAAGGGGCA